CAAUUACAAAGUAUAUUAUUUUUAAAUUUUUAAAUUUUAAAUUUUAAAUUUUAAAUUAAUUUAAAUUUAAAUUUAUUUUUAAAAAAUUUUAAAAAAUUAAAUAAAGAUACAUUCUUUUAUUCAUACCAUACAUUUUUAUAUAAAUAAUACAAUAUAUAUCUAUUUGGUAUCAUAAUAACAAUAAUAAUUAUAAUAAUAUAUUUAUAAAUAAAUAAAUAGUAUAAUAUUAAUAUUAAUAGUAAUAUAUUUAUAUAUUUCAGAUAAUUUUGUUUUUUUCUUAAAAUAAUUAAUUAAAUAUUUAAAUUAUUAUUAUUUUUUUUUCUUAUUUUUAUUUUAUUUUAUUUUUUAUUUAUUAAUAAAAUAAAAAAAAUUUAAAUAAAAGUUAAUAAUUAUAAAUCCAAAUAAAGUUAUACAAAAAAUAAAAAAAUAAAAAAAACCCCACAUAAAAUUUUUUUUAAAAAAAAUCUUAAACACAUCACCCCAAUCAAAUAAUCAAAUCAAAAACAUUGGUAUAAUACUUUUUUUUUUAUUUUUUUUUUUUAGUAUAUAUAUAUAUAAUUACAACAAAGAAAAAUGACAACAGACUAUGAUCAAGAGUUUCAACAAUAUGAACAUAAAGUUUUUGGAAAACCAAUUUCAGUAUUAACAUCGAGUCAAUUAAAGAGUGCCAUUGCACAAAGAGGUGGUGUCAUUAAAACCUCGUUUUAUUAUAAAGAUGAUUUAAUCAACAGAUUAAAAGAGUUACUUAAAGAAGAAAUGAUGAACAAUAAUGCCAACACAGCAGCAGGGAUUCUCAGUAGUAGCAUGGGUGGUACUGGCAGUCAAAUCAAUUCUUUAAAUAGCAGUGGAGUUGGCAUUGGAAGUGGCAGCGGCGGUUCUCUUAACAAUAGUGGAGUUGGCUUAAAUAUGAAUGGUAGCAACGCAAAUAUCAUGACUCCAUCAACCCAUUCACCAAACAACUUGACAAUAAGCGAAAAGAAAAGGGCAAUGAAUACACUCGAUUUCGACGACUCCUCCUCAAAUGACUAUAACGAAUCAUCUUCCCCAAUUACAACUACUCCAAGCAAGAAAAUAAACUCAGGUUUCAACUAUUAUUCGAGUAAUAAAGCUACAAUCACCACUGCAUCAAGUGGUAUUUCAUCAAGUUCAAAUACACCAACCAUUUCUAUGCAAAACCUCUACGAAGACAAUCAUAAACAAAAAGCCUUAGAACUGGAGCAUAGAAUUUUGGGUAAUUUUAGUUUUUAUUUCAUUUUAAAGAGAUUAAAUUUCUCACCAGCAUUAAAGUUAACCGAAGAAUUUGUAAAAUUUAUUGUAUUAAAAGUUAUGGAUAAUGAUAAUGGUGUUGAUGUUUUAACAACAAAAUUAUUAGCCCCACCAUUAGUUAAUAAGGUAUGGUGUGAAGUUAUUUUAAAUACUAUUAAAUAUAAAGAAUUAUUAAAUUUAAUUAGAUCAGAAGUUCAUCACAAUCCAAUUUUUGGUAUGAAUGAUUCAUUGGAUGUAAAGAGAAAGCGUUAUGAACGUUGUAUUGAACUUUACACUUUCUAUUUCAAUUGCAAUCCAACCGAAACCAAUCCAGAAAUAUGGCCACCAAACUUAUAUUUAGAUAAUGACGUCUCUGGUUACUCAUUAGAGGGAGACGAUGAUACAAUUCAAGUAAUUAAUGAUAGUCCACAAAACUUAACCCCGCAACAAAUCCACAAACUUCAGCAACAAAAUGAAUACUACCAAAAUAAAAUUUCACGUUUAGAGAAAGAACUUUAUAAAAAUAAUAGUAACAAUAGUAAAAUAAAUAACAUUAGUAAAAAUAAUAUUAACGAUAGUAGCUUUGAUAGUAUUGACGAACAUCAUGAUCACGAAGACAUUGAAGUAGUUUCAGCUAAUAAUAAAAAAAAAUCACAUAAACAUCAACAACAACAACAAGAACAAGAACACCAAGAGGAACACCAAGAACAAGAGCAACAAGAGCAACAAGAACAACCACAAGGCGAUAGUAGUGAUGGUGAAUCAAAUCUCGAAAUGGAUCUCGAAAAUCAUAAUGAAAAUAAUACCAACAAAAAAGCAAAUGGUAUCAAUGGUCAUCAUCGUAGUAAUGGCAGCGGCGAAUAUACUGAUAAUGAUGAAAAAAACGAUAGUGGUAACAACGAAGAUAAUGAGGACAUUAAUGUCCAGAUUAGCACCAACAAAGGCCAAUUCGUAUAUAACAUCAAAAAAUCUCAACCAUUUAAAAAGAUCAUGGAUUCAUCAUCAAAAAAGAUUGGCUGUGACUCAAACUCUAUUCGUUUCCUCUUCCGUAAUAAAGCGUUAUCUCCAGAAAGUACACCAGCUUCAAUUGGCUUAGAAAAUAAUGAAAUCAUUGAUUUAAUUGUAACCGAUAAUUAAAAAAAAAAAACCCUCAAAAAAAAAAUAUAUUUUCUAAAAACAAAAAAUAAUUUUAUAAAAUUUAUUAUUAAAUCAUAAAGUGAACCAUUUUAUUAAACAUUAUAAUUAUUAGAUAAAUAAAAUAUUACAUUAAAAAUGUUUUUUUAAUAAAAAUAAUAU